AUGGUCGGGGAUAGCACGAUGAGCCACCAGUACGGGGCGAUCUGCGGCUUCAUGGGCGAGAGAGAGGGGCGACGAUAUGACCCCGAGAAAGCGCAACACGGAUCCCCCGGUUGCUGCAUGGACACGUUGCCCAAAGAGGACGAGGGAGAAGGAGGAGGAGGGCGGGGGCUCUGCUUCGAGUUCGACCAGUUCCGCUUCCUUGACCCCAAGCGAGCGGCCAGGACGUCGGUGGACGCCUACUACUUCGGCAGCGGUCUCCACCUGCUGCACAUGUACCCCCACUGGCCGGAGAUGUACCCCAUGGAACCGCUGCGAGUGCAAUCGUGGUUGAACUACGAAAGUCUCCUCGAGGGAGUAGUCCAAGCUGUCCGGUACAAAAGCGGACCGAAUGUGAGGGUGGUUUUCAUGACGAAUCACGCCAUCGCCGACGAGCGGUUCCAAGGAGAAUACAAAGACAUUCGCGCCGCCUACCGAGAGGGGCCGGGAAACACUACCAUCCGGGCAGAGUGCCAAGACCAGAACAACACCCAGGUGAAGCAGGCCGCCUCAGUCAAAGAUGCCCACGGGGACUUCAGCUACUCCGAUUGGCACGGAGCACCCGACAUCGCCGAGUACAUGGUCUACCCCGAGGGACAGGGGCUGUUUACCGUGGACACCUACUGCGAGGAGGCCAUCUUGGAUCGACGGGGCUCCCUGCAGCUGAGCAGGAGAGCCCGGCCGGUGAUGUCCCGUCUGGGGGUGCCCCUCGUGGACGCGGCUAGGAUAGUGGAGGGGCAGGGGUGGGCGUCGAACCCGAGCGAUGGGAGACAUUUCCACAAGAUCGUGCCGAUAGAGGUGGUCGACCUCCUGAGCGUGCUGGGCGCGCCGCCGGCGCCACCGAGCCUAACCGGGCGAGAUCCGGCGGAACUUACCGUGGAGGCUCGAGAGCGCUCACGGCUGGCUCACUCCUCCGCCACCCGGCGACCUGGCGCCCACGCGUGUUGGGUGACGCCUAUUUUGCCUGCACCGCUGUUGGUCUUGUGUGGUAUGCUCGUGUCUCGGGCGGUCGUGGGGGCACUGCUGUAGUGAAGCGCUUCUGUAUGGGCCGUUUUCGGCUUGGAAGAGGGACUUCAUUGAGUGUGUGUCAGAAGCGAAGACGCGCAGCCCGCCGUCUGUGUUUUGGGUUACGCGACGAAUGCACUCCUUUGUUUCUUUUGUAAAACAUUACGUACGAAUAGUAGAACAUCGUGUCAAGGCUGCACGAGGUCGAAGGGCGUGUGUUCACAGCGCGAAUGGAGGGAGAAACCCCUUGGCCGUUCAGAGAGCUCUUGACAACGUUUUGGUGGACAGCCCAUGCCCGGGUGUUGGAGAACCCCCGCCUUUUUGUCCUGGCGGUUCUCGAGGUCUUGCGAAUGAUCGCCCCGUGAUUUUUCCUCUGGUAUUGGUGUUGGAGACUCCCGGCUUAUCCUGGUCGUGCGCUGGAGCUCUUAAAAUGAUCGCUAGUACUUUUUCUCCUCUGUGAUGGGUGUUGGAGAUUGUCCCAUAUCACCCUGGCCGUUCUCUCAGAACUUGUUGUGGACGGCCGGUGCCCGGGUGCCUGUCUUCUGUUUUGUUUGUUUUCGUCGGGGUUUUUGCUC